CGGUGUUCUUUCGCGCGAGCGGCAUCGCAUAUACGGCACAACCACCUCGGAACUACAACAACCAAUUGCACGCGACGCGCAUACCGGAAAAUCUCCAGUGCACACGGAGAAAUUAGGUAUAUCCCUCUGCAACACCACGCAACAAUCUGCAAACACCGAAUAUCGCUGUAAAACAUGGCGAUUCAAGAGAUCUCUGCGAGGGCUGAGCCGCAGCCAAAGCCUAAGGAGCAACUAGUAGAUGAUUCACAGGAUCAACUCCUCGAUGAGGAGAAGCUCGAGAAAGUGUUUAUUGGUUCGAUCGACCAGGGAACCACAAGUACACGAUUUAUCAUCUUUGAUGGCAUGGGCGAGCCGGUUGCGCAACACCAAAUCGAGUUCACUCAGCACUAUCCACAGUCGGGAUGGCACGAGCAUGAUCCGUAUGAGCUUGUUAGCACUGUUGAGACAUGUAUAGAAAAGGCUACCGGCAUUUUCGAAGACAUGAACUACGACAUCUUAGACAUUAAGGCUGUAGGAAUCACCAACCAGCGCGAAACCACUGUUGUAUGGGACACCAACACUGGUGUGCCGCUCUACAACGCGAUCGCGUGGCCUGACACAAGAACUAAGGGAUUGGUGCGAGAGCUCAAGAACAGGGAGGGAGCGGACGAGUUACUUCAGUUGACUGGACUGCCGCUGUCUACAUAUCCAGCCUCGGUGAAGCUGGUUUGGCUCAUCGAACACGUUGAGGAGGUUCGCAAGGCGUACGAUGAGGGCCGCUUAUCGUUCGGUACCGUCGAUACCUGGAUCUUGUACAACCUGAACGGUGGAAAGGAACGCGAUAUCCACGUCACCGACUGCACGAACGCCUCGCGAACCAUGUUCAUGAACCUGCAUACCGUACAAUACGACGACAAGCUUCUGGACUUCUUCGGACUCGACCGCAAGAAGCUGAAUCUGCCCAAGAUCGUCCCCUCGUCUUCUCCUGAUGCCUUCGGUUCCCUUGCAAGAGGAAUUCUCAAGGGCGUACCGAUAGCAGGCUGCCUGGGUGACCAGUCGUCCGCGUUGGUCGGCCAGCAAGGAUUCACUCCUGGAUCCGCAAAGAACACAUACGGAACCGGUUGCUUCUUGCUGUACAAUGUUGGCGAGAAGCCCGUCAUUUCAACACACGGUCUGCUCGCAACGAUUGCAUACGACUUUGGAGGCAAGCGCAAGCCUGUAUACGCCCUCGAGGGAAGUAUAGCUGUGGCUGGGUCUGGUGUCAAGUUCCUGAUGAACAACAUGGGCUUUAUCACACACUCGCACAAGAUCAGUGACCUGGCAGCGAGCGUUGAGGACAAUGGCGGGUGUGUCUUCGUCACAGCAUUCUCCGGUCUCUUCGCACCCUAUUGGAUCGACGACGCGAAGGGCACAAUCUUCGGCAUCACACAAUUCACAGAACAGGGCCACAUUGCGCGAGCAACACUCGAGGCAACCUGCUUCCAGACCAAGGCAAUUCUCGAUGCCAUGGAGCUGGACUCUGGGCACAAGCUCAACAUGCUGGCUGUUGACGGUGGCAUGAGCAACAGCAACCUCUGCAUGCAGACACAAGCGAACAUUAUCGGCAUCCCCGUCGACCGCCCCGCCAUGCGCGAAACGACCGCGCUUGGAGCCGCUAUUGCCGCUGGGUUUGCCGUCGGCAUAUGGAAGGAGUUUGACGAGCUGAAGGAAAUCAACCAGAAGGACCGCAUGGUCUUCGAGCCCAAUGUCACCCAGGAGGAUGGCGCGAAGAUGUUCAAGAAGUGGAACCGCGCUGUGCAGAUGUGCAAAGGCUGGCUGGACGCUGAUGAGACCAACGGCGAGUUCUCGUAAUCCGUACAUAAUUGAGAGCGUUUAUAUAUCCUAUGCAUAUUUCUACAUCACACCACGAUCAGAGCAGCCACGACAACUCAUACGAUGCAUGCAUCUACGUGCUACGCUGGAGGAUUGCAGUACUGACAGAUACAUGUGCUUGACACUGC